CGCAAUGGACGCAAGCCAUACCCAGUUGUUUCAGACGGGUCAGCCUCCAGACCGUUUUCGUUACGGUGCCCUCAAAUGUUUGGGUGGAUUCCAGAUUGCUUUGGGACUCCUUAUAAUAGGGUGUGGCGCGGCCGACCUCCAUCUCAACUAUUUUGCCAUUGGCCAAAACCCCCUCCCUUCCAAUACCAACAUGUAUUAUCAUCGCAACAUGACUUUUAAUGAGAUAGGUCACAUCUUGACUGUGGUCAGUGCUCCGAUAUGGUGCGGUGCCUGGUUUUUCUUUACCGGUAUUUUCGGAGCUUGCAUCACAAAAAAUCGACAAAGUUACAAACGAUGCCUGCGGAACUCUUUCCAGACGUUUUCAAUCCUCACUGCCAUAAUCUUCGGUCCUACUGCGAUGGGGUUAGUGAUUGUUUCACCUUUUUUCAUAAUCAGUUCCAAUGCCAAUAUUUUACAGUACGUGUUUUUUGUGGCAGCGGGAGGGCUGGGCUUCAUUGAGUGGAUAGUAGCCAUCGUGUCCGCCUCCGUCUGCUGUUGCUGCUCGCCCAUAGACCAGCAAGAAACGCAAGUUCUCUAUAUACCGGGCAGUGUACCGGGUCAGCCCUACUAUCCAAUGAUAAGUACCGCCCAACAACAGCAACAACAGCUCCCACCACAGUCUCAACACUACAUGUCACCCACUGCCCCUAUGGGAUACCAACAGCCAGGUCCACAUACCCCGUACCAAACAGCCGGAGGGCCCUCCUACCAGAAUCCAAACUACCAGCAACCUGGAGGUAACUGGACUUAAGAGAAAUCAAAACACACUGAGGCUUUUGCCCGCGGAGAAAACUUCUAUUGACACUAUAAGCGUACUCCGAGUGCACUGACUGAAAAGCAGAAAUAAGAAGAUGAAGACAGUGACACUAAUUAUGGUAGUUCACCGCCCACUGAAACCAAGCAGUAGCAAGGUUCUGACAGUUGUUAUGGCAACGUUAACUACAUUAUCAAAUCAGAACUCUUAUAUGCCGUCUGCAAUAUCAAAUCACUAGUACAUGUACAUAGCAACUUCUUUUUUUUUUUUUACAGUUUAUGCAUUUUAACAUGCAGCGCAGCCAAGCACGUCUAUGGGUGCUUUCCAAAUGUAGCUAUCGUCCUACAAAUAUUGAUCCAACUCCUCAGGGACUCCCGCUGAAUGUAAUAUGAUUAAUUGAAUGUCACGCUUCCUCGAGCAGCUAGGGGUGAUGAACUAUCGUGUGCGUUCGAUCGCACUCAAAACGAAGCGAAAAAGCUUCCUGAAGCCGAGGAAAUCACCUCUAAAUGACGUGGCAACCGCUCACGUCGUGGUUAUACACUGGAAUAGGCCGAGAUCAUCAGACGAUUGGUGAAUGGGUUUCGCCCUAUACAGCUUUUUUGCGGGCCACGUUGCUGGACGCGUGUUUGAGAAACAGUCGUUCCCCUGGCGCGGAAUACAAGCCACAUUAACUUGUGUAGAUAAAGCAGAUGCAUCAAUGACUUAUUUUCAUGCAUGGCGUAAAAUAUACACAAAGCUGUAUUUUGUAAUCCAGAUAUAUAUGUGUAUGUGUGUGUGGCAUUCAGAGAGCUCAACUAU